AUGGUCAGCGGGACGCCAUUGAGUCGCCGGCUGUGGGCCGAGGCGUCGCCAACCCACUUUCGCUGCGUGUACCAUCCCUUCUUACUGGGCGUCGCGACUGGCACGCUUCCGCUCCCGAGCUUCCAAGAGUUCCUCAAGCAAGACGCCUUCUACCUGCAUGGGUUCCUCCAAGCGUUCGCCCUCGCCGUCGCCAAGGCCGAUUCGCCAGCCGAUGCGAUCGCGCUCGUCAAGCUCAUGCAAGGCGUCAACGAGGAGCUCGAGCUCCACACGUCCUUCAUGGAGUCCUGGGGCGUGCUGCCGCACGUCGUCGAUGCCACCUCCGCGACCCCGGCCACGCGGGCCUACGUCGACUUCCUUCGCGCAACGGCCAAGGCGGCAACGUCCGUUGCUGAGAUCCUCGCCGCGAUGGUGCCCUGCGCCCGGCUCUACGCAGCGUUGGGCCAAGCCCUCGCCGGCGCCCGCCGCCACCUCACGCCCGUCGCCGCGCAGGACUUCAACACGUACGCCAAGUGGAUCGAGACGUACGCGACAGCCGAGUUUGAGGCCAGCGCCAGCGUCAUGGAAGCCCUUCUCGACACGAUCGCAGAGCGCGACGCGGUCGACGAGCGCCAGCUGAGCGCACUCUACGGCCGCGCGAUGCAGCUCGAGCGCAACUUCUUCGACGCGUACUUUCCCAUCGUGAACGCCAGCGUCAUCCUCCGGCCGACGGAGCUGCGGCAGUGCGACGCAACGACUCUCACACUCGCUUCGCCAGCGUCAACGUCCGAGCCAUUGCAGUCGGCCUCGCUCUUGGCAGCGGUGCUGGCCCGCAUGUUGGACGACACGUCGUUGCAGGUGGUCGAUGUCGGCGCGGACGAGCAAGACGCGUGCAGCGAGCUGCUUCUCUGGUCGACGACAAGUGCGACGAGCAACGACCCUGCAAGCAUCCACGCGCCGACGUUGCAUGUGCCACGCGUGCUGUGCAUUGCGGGCUCGGACAGCGGCGGCGGCGCGGGCAUUCAAGCCGACAUGAAGGCGUGCACGGCCCUCGGCGUCUUCUCGACGAGCGCGAUCACUGCGAUCACAGUCCAAAACACGCAUGGCGUCCUGGGUAUCCACGCCGUGCCCACCGAGACGCUCGAGGCGCAAAUCCGGUGCGUCCUGGAAGACAUUGGCGCCGACGUCAUCAAGACGGGUAUGCUGGCCUCGGCGGCGAUCGUGCAGUGUGUCGUUAAAGCAGUCCAGAAGUUUGAUUCGAUCCCGCUCAUUGUCGACCCGGUCAUGGUGUCGACAAGCGGCCACACGCUUCUCAACGCCGACGCGCAUGCGUGUAUCGUCAACGAGCUCUUCCCGCUGGCGAUGCUCAUCACGCCCAACAUCCCCGAAGCCUCGUUCCUCCUCGGUGGUCGUUCGAUUUCGACGGUGGAUGACAUGAAGACGGCUGCCGCGGACUUGCAAAAGCUUGGUCGAUCCCGCUACGUGCUCGUCAAGGGCGGCCACCUCGACGACAUGGCCAAAGUCGUCGACGUCCUCUUCGACGGCACCGAGUUCGUUUGCUUCGAGUCGCCUCGCAUCGCGACCACCAAUACCCACGGAACCGGGUGCACGCUCGCGUCAGCCAUCGCCGCACACUACGCCAAGGUGCCCGACAUCAAGUCGGCGGUGCUGCACGCCAUCCGCUACGUCCACGCCAUUUUGGUCAGCAGCCAAGAUUGCCGCAUUGGCCGCGGCGCUCAAGGCCCGAUGCUGCAUUGGCUCUGAGACACGCCAUCCCCAGACGCCUUCGGCACCGGCGAUCCGUUUUGAUGUUUGAUAUCGGCGAGAAAGACCCGCCGAGAUUGUAAAAUCGAGUUAACAAAGACGGUAC